UUGUAUAGUUGUAUGUGAUUUUUAGAUUAGACAUUAGGGAAAUAUGAUUGAAGUUACAGUGAAAACACUUGAUUCACAGAAUCAUCCAUUUACUGUCGAAGAUGAUAUUACAGUUAAAGAAUUUAAAGAGUUAAUAUCAGGAAAAGUUAAUAUUCCUGCAGAAACUCAGCGAAUUAUUUACUGUGGUCGGGUUUUGCAAGAUCGAAAAAAAUUAAAUGAAUAUGACGUUAAUGGCAAAGUCGUACACUUGGUGCAACGUGCACCACCACAACCACAUAGACCAAGCACCGGUAGUGGAAAUAGUAAUACAUCUAGAUUUCAAAUACCAUCACCAAAUCAAAUAUACCUUGGAUCAAUGGCUUACAGUGCCGACAUGAUGGAUGCACAACAGAGAAUACCACAAUUACCAUUAAGUCAAAAUUUAUCAAACAGUCGUUUAAAUGUUGCACGUAAAAUGUUACGUUUAGCCAAUGCUUUAAUUAAUCAACUUGAAAAUCAGACAACUGACAAUGCUGCAAAUGUUAGUGGAACUGAAAAUAAUAUGGAUUCGUUAUUAUUGGAGGAUCCAAUUGAUACAACGCCUGUAUUAGCUGCACAAGUUUAUGUUCCUGCCUUUGGCAAUGUUUUUGAUCAACAGCAGCAAAUUACUUCAGCAGUUUUAUCAGCUACAGAUAAUUUUCGUAAUAUUGGAAAUAUUGUUACUAAUAAUCAAAAUAAUAACGUAUCACAACAAACAGAUAGUUCAACAGCAGAGGCUAGUACAGAUACAGGAAAUACUGAAGAAGGCGCAACAUCACUUCCUCCAACUACUGGCGAAGCUACCAAUGAACCACAAGCUGGCAACGAUGCAAGUACAGAAAAUAAUGCCUCACAAAAUACUAGCAAUGGUAGCAAUAUUGCAAGAACUACAAGUUUAGCAGACUUAAUGGAUGAAUUAAAUCGCAUUCAAACACGUCUUCAACCAUUUAUGACAAGAUAUACCGAGCUUAUGCGUACGGAUCCAACAUUUGAAAAUGAGACCGAAUUAAAUGAGGCUCAGCGUGUAUUUGAUCGAGUUUCAGCAACAAUGCAUGCAUUAGGUCAUGCAUACCAUGCGUUAAGUGAUGUUAUUUGUCCAUUCAACAGACCAACACCACGAGCAUUGUUAUGUCGUCCAACUCUGGUACAACAUGCUGUAUUACAGGCGGGUAUAUCACUUCCCGUUCGUGUUCAGGCCCAAGUCGAUGUAGAAAAUAUUACUGGUCGUAAUCCAUUUGGAAGACCCGAUGGUAAUUCAGAUGAAGGUAGUGAUGAAAGUGAUACUGCAGCAAAUACAGAAAGUAAUCAAAACAUACCACAAGAUGAAACUACAAAUGAAGAAACGCCUGAAACUGCUCCUGAAACUGGAACUACAACAGCAUCAGCACCUCAGCCAUCAGCACCAUCUAAUGAUUCCAAUGGUGCAUCGCAGACACAAGAAACGCCAACGACUACAUCAUCUAGCUCAUCACGUCCUCAGGUUACUGUUACGCAUCGACCCGGUGGCGGGCGAAACGUAGAUAUUAUUGUUGCAAUGUCUCCUGAUGAUGAUCCUAUAACUCAAGGUUUAGGUGGACCAAAUCAAGAUUUAAUCCAAAGUUUAGUACACGCUGUAACAAAUUCAGUAAUGCGCAGUGUUAGCCUAACUGGUGUUCCUGUUAGUAUGUCAACAAGUUCUGUGUCAAUACCAAUAGGAACAAAUGGAGCUCCAUUCAUAAGCACUACUCGUCAACCAACAAAUUUUGGAAAUACAAACACUACUAACGCAAACGCUACUUCUACAAAUACAACCAGUACCACAACAAAUGCUUCAACUAUCACUACAGAAACUACAUCAGCAGCCAAUGGUCUCGGUGCUGCUGGACAAAAUUCUCAAGCUCGAGGAAAUACAGCUACAUUACCAACAACAUCAACACAAACCCCUAGAUCCACACCUAGACCUCAUGUUCAGUUAUCGCCACAUUCAUUCCGAGCUUUUGAUCCAUUUUUACAAUGCAAUUCACAUCACAUUACAGGACAAAAUAGAAAUGCGAAUAGAACAGGUAAUGGAGCACGUAGUCAAACUGUUAGAGAGGAAUCGCCAUUUGAAAUAGUAUCAGUUCAAGCAAUUCCAUCUAGAGCUCGUAGUACAUCAUUGCCCAGAGAAUUAAAUAGAAUGCACGGCGGUAGGACAUCACGGUCGAAUGCAGCAGCUACAGCAGCAGCUUCGGCUACUGCAACGUCUGCAUCUUCAUCAACUCCUACUUCAGCAACAAGAAAAAAUGCUACAAACACUGAAGCUACGCAAACAUCAACAUCCACAUUGCCAUCAGAAACAAUUCUUACUCUCCCCACUCCUAUUAAUAUGGAAGUUGAUACAUUCUAUGAUGCCACAGAACAUGAAGAUGGAAAUGAAAAUUCGGAUUCAGGACGUACAAAACAAAAAGUAUUAUUGCCCACAUCUAACGGUGAAUCAUCAUCACCUCCACUUCCGGACGUAAAUAUUGGAACAGAAUCUUGGCACAAUAAUGUCCCAUCAGAUUGGGUAUCAGUGGUAACACGUGAUUGUCAAGUACAACGACAUGAAACAGCUCAACCACCAUACAGUGAUGCAUAUUUAUCAAGUGUACCAGCUAAACGACGAAAAGUCAUAUCAUGCAAUAAACCACAAGGAACAUUACCACAAGUAAUAACAGAAAGUUUACGUCAAGCUGUAUUAACAACAGGUUUAUCACAAGUAGCACCAAUUGAUCAUGUUGUGGGUGCAGCCGGUGGUGAUGCAGCAUUACAGGCAGCUUAUCGUGAAGAAUUACGCCAAUCAAUUAGAUCACGACCAUCACAUGCCACACCACCAGGUAUUGCACCACUAAAACGAUUCCCAAAUGCAUCAAUCUGUUUUCAAAAACCAUAAUAUUUAUAAUAAUAUCAUUUAAGUGUUAUAGGUUUAUUAUUAUACUUUAUUAUUCUGAAUUGUUUAUAUAAUUAAUUUUGUUUAACUGUUACUACUUAUUCAUAAAUAAUAAUAUUUCCUUCAAGUAACAGGCACGACAGUUUGUUAAGAUAUUAAUUCGUCCGGGAGAGAGGAAAUUAGCUACUUAUUCAUCAAUAUUUUAAUCGAAACAUAGAAUAAUGAAAUGCCUUUCCUAAUUUUUGUAUUUUAUUUUAACAAUAAUUAAUUAAUUUGUUUUCAUUUUAUAUUCAAGAAAAGCUUUUAUUUUUCUUUGUUUCUCAUCUGCUUGAUGAAUAUCUAGGUGAGAAUUAAUGCCUUAACAUUUUGUGUUUUUUUUUUUAUUUAUAUGAUAUAAUAAAAUAUUUGGCGAUUAUUUAAUCGUCGAGUCUUCUUGUCUUGUAUUCCGUAUGUAAAAUUCAUAAAUAUUAAAUUAAUUUAAAAAUA